AGCAGGGAAAUGAGGACAGUCUUUCCGCGGCUUUAAAGUUUUCCUUCCUUAUUUCGUGCACAGAUAGCAAAAUCCUGACCAGAUUUUUCUAUGGCUCACACAACCGAUAGGUCAGAUUUAGUUUUAGCUCAAACUGCCGUUAAAAUUUGCGAACGACAUAAUCGGAACACCGACCAGUAUUGCAAAGACUGUAAGGUUCUUGUAUGUCUCGUCUGCGCCAGACUUUCUCAUGUAAGACACAAAUGGGAACCUGUCAGAAAACUAGCAGACGACAAAAGAAAAAUCUUCAGAACUACAUUGGAAGAUGUCCAUGGAAACUAUUUUCCACUUUUACGUCGAAGAAUAAAAACAAUUGACAAAACGAAAAAGGAAAAUUCAAAGAAAUGUGAGGAGCAGAUAGCAAUAUUACUUCGACAUCAUGAUGAUAUUUUUCGAAAAUUGGCAGAAAUUAAAGAAAGACACAAGCAAAUGCUUACAGAAAGCUUGUCAAGAAAAAACGCCGACUUAGAUGUGAUGAAGACAGAACUAGAAGAACAAGAAGAAAACUUGAAAGAAAUGUGUGCGGUUCUAGAAGAGGGUAACAUGACUGACCAUCGCUUUCUGGAACAUUAUUUCUCUUUAGAAGACAAUCUGAAGAAAAUAUCUAGACCAAAUACAAACAUCGCAUCAUGUUUCUUUUCGGUAUUCGUUCAGCCUGAAAACAUUGACGCCAGCGUGAUGGAGUCCAUUGCUGGAAACAUUUUUAACACAGACGACAUUAGUUUGACAGAAAUUGCUUCCUUUAUUUUCGGUGCCGAUGGCAUCAAUUCUCUUGCAGCUACUGCAGAGACGGCUAGCUGGUUAUACGAACAGAAAGGAACCCAAAUAGUCCAAGUUGGAUUUCAAGGAGAGGUCUUAAACACUGUCGAUAUCAAAUGUGAAUGUGAUGCAUUUACCAUUGGACCAAAUAAUGAAAUCAUUGUUACACAUCUAGAAGCUCAUAACAUUUCAAUAAUGUCCUCCUCCGGAGUGCUAGAACAUCAAAUUUCGACAAGUCCUUUGGAACCAGAAGGAGUUAGUUUAGCAAAUAACGGUGCCAUAUUUGUAACUUUAGUUGACAAUUCUAUGGAAUUUAUUUUAAACUCCGGAAGCAGACGACUAGUCAGGCUUAUGACCCUGUCGGGUGACGUCAUGCGAGAUUAUGAAUUCCGAGAAGAUAGGAAAACCAGAUUGUUUACACUCCCAAGGCGAGUGAUUCAAAGAAGGAACAGUGAUAUUUGUGUUGUUGAUUUUCUCAAUGAACGCCAAGGAAUUCUACACGUACUCACCAUUGAAGGCCAGAAACUUGGUGUUUAUACUGGCCAAAGUCUCGAUCAUGACUUCUUGCCCACAGAUGUCGUUGCAGAUAAUCAGUGCAAUAUCAUUAUUACAGAUCCCGCUAACAAUGUUCUUCAUCUUUUGAAUUCUGAAGGAGAGUUUCUGAAGCUACUAACACCCCUUAAGGGCAAUUACUCCAUACCGAUUUCUUUGAGCUUGUUCGGGGAAAUUAUCUGGGUUGGGAAUUUCAACGGCAGAGUGAAUAUCUACCGCUACAAGAACGAUAUAAUAUAAAUUGAGCAAGAUUAUAUCUCCAAUGUGCGAAUAUAUACAGAAUAGAUAUGUUUACGCAGACAUUGUUGUAGUGUUGAAUAAUACUAUAAAUCUAUUCAAAUUGUAUUUACUAAA